AUGGCUUUCAUGUCUCGCAACAGCUCUACUCAGUCCUUGAUGGGCUUUUCGGUGCACCAGCCUGCUAUCGGCGCCCCUCUGCAGUUUUUCCCUGCCAUGGGGUCCAAGCAGUUGGACGACAUGAUCGACGCCUACGUCCCUGGAUCCGCCUCCAUUUUGGACAAGCGGACGGCUGUAUCUAUGGAGUUCUUCGGGCACACCAUCCAGACUGGUGAGCUUUUCAAGUUCUUCCUGGUUUACCCAGCCAUGGGCUCUUCUACCGCCUCUCCUGCCAGCUCCGGAAUUGUCGACUCGGGGUAUGGCUCCAGCUUCAACACUUCGCCUGUCAUGUCCGAGAGCCAGUGGACCCAGGCCAGCAACUCCUCUUUCAGCGCCUCUAAUCAGAAGGUAGUCACUCAGAGGACAGCAGCUUCGUCUUCCAAGGCCGGCGAUUUCUCUCACAUUCCUGGCAUGAAGAUCAUGACCAAGGACGGACGGGACGUGACAAACUCGGCCUCCCGAGGCUGCAAGACCAAGGAGCAGCGAGACCAUGCCCACCUCAUGAGGAUCAUCAAGGCCUGCGACGCUUGCAAAAAGAAGAAGACUCGCUGUGACCCCAGCCAUAAGAAGCGAACUUCGUCCGCUUCCAGCUCUCCCGAGCCAAAGUCAGCCAAGAAGGUUAAAAAGACCGCCUCUUCUCAAUCAACACGAAGAAUGGCUGCCUCACAAGCAACAACACAUAUAGCUCCAGCUUUCGAACCGUCCGUAUCAGAAUCUUUCUCUUUUGACGACAGCUUCGACGUGGCCGCAGCACCUGCCGUGGACGAAUGGGACCAGUUCAUCACGUACGAUGAGGAGGUUAGCAAUGCCGUUCCCAACGACUAUGACUUCUUCUUCGACCCUGCCGGCUACUUCUCGCCAACCACGAGCGACUCCAACUCGGUGUCGGUAUCGCCUAGCCAGGUACUGACUCCUGCUCAGAGCCAACCAAUUACCCCAACGAGCGGCUUGGAACUGGGCAAUGCCGUACACUAUGCGGACAAUGCCCUGGCAGGCCUCGGCGACGACCAGCAGCCAAUCCUCCCAUACCUACACCCGGGUGGUGCAGAGGUUGGCAACAACUACGUCGACUUCGCUCUUUACUCGCCUGGUUCUACAUGCCUAGAUGAAGACCCUGCCUUCCUCAAGGAGGUGGCGGCUCCACUUGUUCCUGGAUCUCCACGCCAGCAGCAGCUCUCUAGGAGCCAGAGACCAAUUUCACGCUCUUCAGCGGACAGCGAACUAGCGCCAGCACUCCGCGAGGUAGUCUCGUCGGUUGAUGUACAGUCUCAUGGCCUACCGAGUGUCCCGUCAAGCAACCAGUGCCCAGCACUGGACGGCGCGAACAACUGCUCCUCACGGGCAGAGGUAGUAGUAGCGAACGAUGGAUCAGACCACGGUUACUACAAUGAACGAGAUCAGCGCUCAUCCUAUGGCGUAAGCCUCCACGAGGCAGCUGCGGGCUCAUAUAUUGAGGGCCCAGCCGACCCAACCGAGUCGCGAGUUCCUAGGGUGACAAUAGUGUCACCCAGCGACAGUAGUCAACUUCUCGCUCCACAACGACCACUCCAGUCUCGACCUUCGCAGUCAAGCGCGGUCGACGAGGCCGCCCUGGCACCGGUGGUCACGGAGAAUGUUAAACCGAGGAGAUCGGCACAGACAUCUACGGUAACUACCGAUGAGCUAUCAAGGACGCUAUCCACAUAUGUACCGUCCAGCGCCGCGGCAACUGCGGUAACUACCCGAACUGCCAUGGUAUCCACGGUAGAAGAGCCACUCAGAGAACGUAUCUUCUCACUGGUCGACCACGAGAGCUUCAACCACCAACGACUACCCCGAAGUGGGGCUUUCACUGGUGACGGCGAUGGCCUGCCUGUCUCCUCCGCUAGAGUGGAGAAUACGGUAGCAGGACGAUUAGUACAAGAUGGAAGCAUUAUAUCGCGAGAAAGGUAUUACCCCUCGCCCAGCACCACUGUGCCCGCUGGCCAAGACCUAUCCGAACCGGCAAGCACUGUAUUUCGUUCCGCCCUUCCCAAGGAUGGAGUACCAGCUGGGGUUGCCAUGGGUCAACCUUUCACGGCUGUCAGCGCAAGUGGUGUUGAUGCUGCCGCGCCAGGUGUACUUGCACACUUUGGCAUGGCUAUUCUGAGCGUUGUUGGCAUGUUGGCUUUGGCGGCACCGUCAGCUUUCUCGCGGUCAAACACUCGAGCGGUUGCCGUAUUUCACUCGGCGAUCUUCGAGAGUCAUCAAGAGGAUUCACCACCUCACUCGUCGUGGUCCAUGUCACGAAGCGAAGGACGAAACUCGAGGACUUCCUCGACAAUUCGCUUGCUCGGCUUCAUUUCUGCGGUCGGUGUGAUCACAGUAUGUACUGUCGUUACUCGUGCGUUGGACCUCAACCAAGUAUUCGUCAGCGCAGCGUUUGUUGCCCUGUCUCUUGUUGCCUCGCGACAAGAACCCAUCCUUUGCGAGAACAAGCUGGGCCCGUUCACGCAAGCACUUCACUCCGUGAAGCAGCUGUCUGGCAACUUUGCCACUAGCGUCAAGUCGAAGAUUUCUGGGUUCCGGGAAGGAACCUUUACCCUUCAAAGCAGAUAUCUAUCUGCAGAAGGCAACGUCAAACUUGGUUUCACUGCGCGGCAUCGCGUGCGAAACUAA